AGUAGGUCCGGCUCCGCGGGUGCGGCCGGGCUGGGCUGUCGCGUGUCCUUCCGCGGACCGUGUCCCUCCGCGGCGGCGGCGGCGGCAGCGAGACCGGGGCGGCCAGAGGACAGAGGCGGCGCGGCCCAGAGGAGCGGCCGCGGGCGUGAGGCGGCAGAUCUCAGGUAGCACCGCAGGGCUCAGCGAGCGUUCUGUGUCCUGCCUGGGACAGCGGGCGUGGCCAAGAUGUCCAACCCCUUCCUGAAGCAGGUCUUCAACAAGGACAAGACCUUCCGCCCCAAGCGCAAGUUCGAGCCGGGCACACAGCGCUUCGAGCUGCACAAGAAGGCGCAGGCGUCGCUGCAUGCGGGGCUGGACCUGCGCCUGGCCGUGCAGCUGCCCCCGGGCGAGGACCUGCACGACUGGGUGGCCGUGCACGUGGUGGACUUCUUCAACCGUGUCAACCUCAUCUACGGCACCAUCAGCGAUGGCUGCACCGAGCAGUCCUGCCCCAUCAUGUCGGGGGGCCCCAGGUACGAGUACCGCUGGCAGGACGAGCAUAAGUUCCGCAAGCCCGCAGCGCUGUCAGCCCCCCGCUACAUGGACCUGCUCAUGGACUGGAUCGAGGUGCAGAUCAACGAUGAGGGCAUCUUCCCCACCAACGUCGGCACACCGUUCCCCAAGAACUUCCUGCAGACAGUGAGGAAGAUCCUGUCGCGACUGUUCCGCGUGUUCGUGCAUGUCUACAUCCACCACUUUGACCGCAUCGCGCAGCUGGGCUCCGAGGCCCACGUGAACACCUGCUACAAGCACUUCUAUUACUUUGUCCGGGAGUUCGGCCUCAUCGACACCAAGGAGCUGGAGCCACUGAAAGAAAUGACCACACGGAUGUGCCACUAAGAGCCCUGCGCACCCCUGCACCUGCACGCCCUUGGCCUCAGAGACCCCGGGUAGGACAUCUGGAAACACUGAGGUGUUUUCCUCCAACUUCAGCAUCUAGGAGCUCCGCACCCCUGGUGUCCUGCACUGGGCCUCUGCACGGGGUGUCGGCGACGGUGGGUCCCCACACUCAGCACCGCCUCCCUGAGCCUCGGUCUCCUCGUUUGUUGGGGGGAGAUUGGACUUGAACUUUCUAAUUCUGCAUGUUGUCAGCAACCGGGAAAACCACUGUGCGUCUAAACCACUCCCGCCUCCCGGGAGGCUGGGGAGCUUCCAGGUGGCCCCAGCCAGCCCCUCGGGAAGUUCUGCCUCCACCCCCACCCCACCCCAGCUUGACCUACUCCAGUCGCUGCCCGUGGCCUUGGCCCUUCCUGGCCUGUCUCUGGAGAAGCUGGGGGCUCCCGAGUCAGCCGAGGGCAAGAACCCACCUCCCCCAGGCCUUGGAGCUACAAUCCACCAACCGCAUCCCCCGGCCGCAGCCGCGUCAGGAAUCCCAGUGCUGUGUCCUCCCCAAAGGCCCCUUCGUGUACCUUCAGAGGUUUCAUUUUCACACAGUCUCAUUGACGACCAUCCUGAGAUGUUUUGUAAAAAGGCUUUUUUUAGAACCAGUAGAUAGUGAGCCGCUCCGUGUCCAGAACCACGUGCUCUUCCCUACGACCAGCCCAGGAGCGGAUCUUCUCACGAACACCUCGCCCUGCUGUGGGGUCUUUGAAUUCUGCCUAACAUUUUGCUGGAAUUGGCCUUUCUUCAGAUGCCUGCGAACUUUCUCUCAAAAUGCUUUGUCUGUGUGUCCCGUCAGGUGACAGGACCAAAAUCCAAGAGCACUUCCUCCCCUAGACCCUGGGGAGGCGUGAGGGGGCCCCUGACCAAAGGAAGCCGCCUCCUGCCCCCCGCAACCCACCCACCUCCCCGUCACCGGAGUUCUCAGUGGCCUUUGACCUCAGUGGCCCUUCCUGCCUGACCCCUGCACCGUCCCAGACGACACAGAACUCUGAUCAUCUCUGUUUGGGAUGUCUGCAGAAGACAAGGGCGCCGGUCCCCCUGUCUCCUGGCUCCUGCCAGGAAACUGAACAGGUGCAGUUAACACCGUGUCGCCGCCUAAGCCCAAAGCUGCAGGAACUCACCCUUGGUCCUUCCAGAAACCACUGGAGCCCUCCGGAGAAGCACCGCACGGCCCAGCCCUCUCAGGACUUCAUGAACCAGGAAGUGUUGGAUUGAAUGUAUCUCCCUCACCCCACAACACGCAAAUCCCCAACCAUGACCUCCCGAGGACACGGGGUGUUCCCGGCAGCUUGCCACAGGGUAGAGGUGGAGCUGCAGCCACACGCCAGCCAAGGAGGGCAUGGCAGUGGGCAGGGUGCCUGUGCCCGAGACCACCCUCCCGACCCGGAUACGAACAUCGGAAUAAAUUGUGUCGUUUGGUACCCAUGGCUGCUGGUGGCCAUUAAUGCCGUCCCAGUAGCGGGGCUUGGUCCACGGGGGCCUUGGCUCUUGGGGCCCCCAAAGUCUUAGGUAUCAUAAUGGUUUCCCAGGUAAACCGGUACACAGCAUGCCUGUGGAAUUUAAGUUGCAUGGAGUGGGAGGUCGGGGCCUUAGGAAAAAGACCCGAGAGAAGCUGGCGACAGGCCCCCAUCAGUUUCCCAUCUCCGUUGUGUCUUUCCGGUCUGUCCGCUCCUGCCACAGGUGACUUCAGCUCUCUGCCUUGUUUGCUCCAUCAAAGAGAAGGAAACAAAACUUAACCACGUGCUGAAGGCUGGGUUUGGAGGGAGCGGACAGAAGGAGGCUUGUGUUCCAGCCGGUCACUUGUCAGCCCUGUGGCCUUAAACACGGGAUGAAUUUGCCCUAAGACUUGCGUUUUUAUACGUGAAAAACCUGGGGAAGGGACGACCAUCUCAAGGGUCCCUUUCCACGUAAAAUGUCGUGGUUCCUGGGGCUGACAGGGAAGAGCAGCUUGACUCACGGAUCGGGUCUGCCGUGGUGGGCAGGUCGGGAAGAGGCCACAUGCAGGCCGCCCCGCGGGGCCUGCGGGUCGCGAACCCUGAGCCCAGCGCCCCUUCAGGUGUCACAUGGCAACAUCCCGCCCCUAGAGGGCGCAGCGCCGCUGGGAAGAGGAGAUUUCCCUCCCUCAAAGUGCGGGUGACUGGCAAGUGCCUUUCAGGGAGGCCACCCCACCGUUUCCCACUGUUGUUUUUUGACCUUUUGAUUUUGCAAAUGCAAAACCUCAACUCUUUCCAUAGCCAGUUUAAGAAUUUUGGACCUUACAGGGUUUCUAAACCAUCACCUUUUGGUUGGCUGAAUUACAGCCCCCAAAGACGUCCCUGUCCUAAUCCCUGGGACCUGUGGAUAUGUCACUUUCCAUGGCAAAGGGAUUCUGCAGAUGAGAUGAAGUUGAGGACCUUGAGAUGAGAGGUCAUUCUGGGUUACCUGGAGACCCAGUGUCCUCACAGGGUCCUCAUAAGAGGGGGCAGGAAGGUCAGAGGCAGAGACUGGAAGAUGCUGCGCUGCUGGCUUUGCAGACAGAGGGGACCACGUGCCAAGGGCUGUGGGCGCCUCCAGAAGCUGGGAAAGGAGGACACGGGUCCUGCCCUGGAGCCUCCAAGAGGGACCAGCCCUGCCCGUGCCUUGACUUUAGAACUUCUGCUCUCAAGACCUGUAAAAUAAUACAUGUAUGUUGUUUUAAGCCACCACGUUUGUUACAGCAUCAAUAGGACACUCACACACCCUUUAUAAGGAAAUAUUUUGCAAAUGAAACACGGUGGGGCCCACUGACUUCGGCGACCUGAAACACACAAGUUAAGAGACACUUUAUUCUAAUCGAGGUCUCACUUGUCUUGCAGUACUUUCUUGGGUAAUUUCCCCCCAAACGGUGGCAUCGUGUGUGAAUCUGCACGUGGUGAGCGUGUGAGCUAAUUCUCCCUUUGCGAGUACGUAGUCUCUCUGUGUCAUCAAGUUUCUCUUUUUCUCUGGAUCCUUAGGACUCUUCCCUUCACGGGCCACAAGAACACCUCAUCCUAACAGCCAGUUUACCCCAAAACUCAUCCAGCAGGAGGUGUGCUGGGGCAGGGGUGGAAGGAACGGGGGUCACGGGAAGGUUCUUGUGGGCCAGCCUCUCCUUGAACACUCACGCCGGGAGGCACCUAGCAGGGGCUGCAGAUCUGUGUUGUCCCAAUGGCCGGGACAGAGAAGGUGGAACAGCCCAGAAGGCGGCCUUUGGCACCCAAGAACUGCUCCCCAGGGUGUCUCUGAAGAUCAGAACCAGUUUCUGGAAGUCUUCACACCGGGGCAGGAAUUGCCUGGACUUGGGAGCCACGUGCCGCAUGUGGCUAUUUAAAUUCUAAUUAAAAAUUAAUCAGUGGGCUGGUCGGUUGGCUCAGUUGGUUGGAGCGUGUUGCUGAUAACACCAGCGUCCAGGGUUCAAGCCCCGUACUGGCCAGACACCAGGGAAAAAAAAACCAAAACUGGAGAUGGAGAUACGGGCAGGGGAUAAGGUCUGGGUGGUCAGGAUCUUGGGGGGAGUUUGGGAGCUGUCUCUGCAGGAGGAUGGGGUCUGAAAAAGCUCCAGAUAAAUCUUGUCUCUGUGAGAACCGAGCCCUUCACGGGCCCUGUAAUGGGACGAAUCCCCUCUCGGCCAUUGCUGUCAUUUUAUGCCCACAGUAAAUAUUUCUCUGCUUGAAAACUUAUAAUCAUCCCUAAUCACUGACAUAAAUAAAACGCCACACUCGGUGUUGGUGUCAGAGGGAGUGAGAUUUAGGGCAGUUUCUUUGUUUUGCUUUGGGUUUUAUACUUUUUAAAAAUUUUAAAUUCAAUUUUAUCAUUUUUUUUUUUUCAUAUGAGUCAAGUGAAGCAGUGGGAGUGCAGAAGGAACAGAGAAUUCUGUCACCGGUUGUGACCAAUUGUAAACCCCGCUGCCCUCCCACCCAGCUAGGGCAGGUCGGGUGUUUCGGGGGCCACCCUGCAGCGAGCAAGCAGGUCCCGAUUUACACCUCCAUGGGCAUGUUUGAUGGUUUCCAUUCCCACAUCAUCCCCCAACACCAAGUAUGGUUUUUAUAUCAUUUAUGAUUUUUUUGUUUGUUUUUUUGGCAGCUGGCCAGUGCGGGGAUCCGAACCCUUGACCUUGGUGUUAUAACACCCCGCUCUGCCCAACUGAGCUGACCCGCCGGCCCUUAUCUACCCAUUUCAUAGAGAAAAAUCUUCACUGACCUAUUGCAUUAUUGACCAUUUAUACGGCCAAUUUCAUAUCCUGUGUCCAUUUUUUUCCAUUGGGACAUUGUCUUUUCUUAUUGGUUUACAAAA